CAUUUUCUUUGAUGUAAAAAUUUCUCUUCUUAAUGGAUUAAUAAAAGUAAACAACAGCAGAGCCUAUUUCUUCCUCUAGGGUUUUGCAGAGUCGAAGUUUCGAUCAUGGAUUAUAUCAUUUGGACUCAAUUUUAGGGUUUCUGUCGUCCAUACUGUAAUGGAGAGGGCUUUUAUUUGAUUUUUGUUUUUGACGUGGGUUUUAUCGUGGUGGUUUGAAGGUCUUCUGCAAGAAUUAUUCGCGGAUUAUCUCAAGUUUCAACCUUUUUUGUUCUUGAGACUAAAACUUAGCCCUCCCCUACCUUUGGGGGGUGUGCGUGCUAGGAGAGGAGUUGGAAAGAAGGAAAUAUCAUGUGAUGUUCAGCUGGAUGAGACUACGAGUUAAUUUUGGUAUCUGAAUAAAAUGGACAUGGAUUUGAAUGGCAUGGGCAGCAUGGAUUUGAAUGGCAUGGAUUUGAAUGCCAUCCCAGAACCAGAAGAGGAUGAAGUGUUCUAUCAACCAAAUUUCGAAGAAGAUCAUGCACCAGAAGAACAGAUAGAAUACAACGAACAUUCAGAACAUGGGGAGUCUGCUGUUGAGAUUUCGCGCCGGGAACGUGAAGAGAGGAUUCAGCGGCGAAAAAGACAGCAUCCCAAUGAGCAGCUAUCAUACCUAUCUCAGCCACCACCUCAUGAUGAUGGGUAUCAAAUGAAAAAACAGAGACCUCAUAAUAAACUCCCUCCAGGUUGGUUGGACUGCCCUGCAUUUGGUCAGGAAAUAGGCUGUUUAGUACCUUCAAAAGUUCCUUUAGGUGAAUCAUUCAAUGAUUGUAUUCUUCCUGGUAAAAGAUACUCUUCCAGGCAGGCGAUUCAUCAACAGAGAGUUCUAGGAAGAAAGCUUGGUCUGCUGAUUGAUCUUACAAAUUCAAAUAGAUAUUAUUCGACUAAUGAUUGGAAGAGUGAAGAUAUCAAGCAUGUUAAGAUUCCUUGCAAAGGGCGUGAUUCUGUGCCCAAGAAUGAGGCCGUAAAUGCGUUUGUUUUUGAGGUAUGUUGCUCUAUAGACACAUCACCACAGUUUGUAUCAGUUGAUGGAGAGAAGACUGACUGCUCAUUGAAUCUAAAUCUUAUAACUGUAAAACAGCCUUAA